AUGCGAAGUUAUUCCAAUCAGCCGUGUUAUAAGACACGAUUGGCUUUACCAGUGGAUCAUGAUAGAGUGAUGACCUUCAUGUGCGAUGCGUUCUUCAAGGAUGAUCCAACUAUGGUGAACAUUGGUUUGGACAAGCAGGAGCCCGCGUCGUCGUUGCUGAAGCUUCUGUACGAUGAUCUUCAAGAGGGUAUGACGAUAAUUGCCGAGGACCGGGAUAAUUGUAUCGUAGGUGCCGCGGUGAACGCCGGUUCCUGUCCUUGGGAUCCCGACAGAUUCAUCGAGUUCGCUAGGUGCUGCGAAUGCGGGUCGAUCCGCGACGUGAUCGAGUUCGAGGCUUACGUGACCCGCAAGCCGAAUCUCUGGAAGCACUACUACGUUCUCAAGAUCUUCGAGUGCAGCUAUCUCGCGGUCGGAGCGGAUUUCCGGAACCAGGGUAUUGCCAGAAAGCUCGUGCUAGAUAGCUGGUAUCUCGCGCGCGAUUGCGGCUAUCGAUUGUUCCGUGUUGACUGCAACAAUAGAUAUAUCGCACAGGUUGCGAAAGGUUUCGGAUGGAAACGAGUAUGUGUGAUUCCUUUUCAUCAAUAUGUAAAAGAUGGUCAACUUGUUUUUAAACAUAUUAAGGAGCCACAUACUGAAGUAGAGGUUUAUAUUGAUCAAGUCACAUUUUGCAAGGAUUAUUGUCCGCCUUAUAAAUCAUGCAAACCGACAUCAGCGCCAAAAAUAUCUGAUACAAAAUGUUAA